AUGAAGCUUCAUAGCCGCAACUUAUAUCUUGAUGUCAUUCUUCUCUCUUCUAUAACCCUACUAUUCUUCCAACCUGCCACUUUUGCUGCUUCCACUCCAACCAAUGAGACAGAUCGUUUGGCUUUGCUGAAAUUCAAGGAGAUGAUAACCAAUGACCCAUUUAACAUCGUCACCUCUUGGAAUAAUUCUAUCCACUUUUGCAAAUGGCAGGGAAUUACAUGCGGCCGAAAGCAUCAAAGAGUUACGACCUUGGACCUGCGUGGCUAUACCUUAAGUGGAUCCAUAUCACCUUACAUUGCCAACCUCAGCUUUCUUAGGGUGCUCAACCUCUCAUACAACUUCUUACACGGCGAAAUUCCACAACAAGUCACUCAUUUGUUCCGCCUGCAGCAUCUCAAUCUUAGCAGCAACUUGUUAACGGGGAAAAUUCCAAGCAACUUCACCAACUGUCCUCAACUCAGAGUCCUGAACUUCAAAAGGAAUAAUCUUACUGGGAAUAUUCCUGUUGAAUUCGGCUCUUUAAAGAGGCUUGUGAGGACCAUUGCAGUCGGAGUUAACCGACUUAAUGGCACUCUUCCAGCCAACAUAAGCCUCACUCUCCCUAAUCUCCAAUAUUUGUCCAUCAAUACUAAUCAAUUCUCUGGUCCAAUCCCAGUUUCACUAUCCAAUGCCUCUCGGCUUGAAUAUCUUGAUCUCACCCGAAACAAUUUCGUGGGACAAGUUCCGAAGAAAUCAAAGAAAGAAUCAUCUUCUACACUCAUAAAAACCAACCAACUUUCAAAUGUUUCAUACAAGGAGCUCUAUCAAACGACUGACGGAUUUUCUCAUAGCAAUCUAAUUGGAUUUGGUAGUUUUGGCUUAGUAUAUAAAGGAAUUCUUGAUCAAGGAAAAAUGAUGGUUGCUGUGAAAGUAUUGAACCUUCAACAAAAAGGAGCUACCAACAGUUUCAUGGCUGAAUGCAAUGCGUUAAGAAAUAUUCGACAUCGGAAUCUCAUUAAGAUUUUAACUUGUUGCUCCAGCAUGGACUACAAUGGCAAUAAUUUCAAAGCUCUAGUUUAUGAAUUCAUGGAAAAUGGAAACUUAGACAAGUGGUUGCACCAAGAUAUCAACAAUGAAAAUCGACCAAGACAUUUGAACCUCCUUCAAAGACUAAAUAUUGUGAUUGAUGUAGCUUCUGCACUACAUUAUCUUCAUGAUCACUGUGAAGCACCAAUCAUUCAUUGUGAUGUAAAGCCAAGCAAUGUUCUUCUUGACAGUGACAUGAUUGCUAAAGUAAGUGAUUUUGGUUUGACGAGUAUCCUCUCAACAACAAACGAUGUUUCUCAAAAUCAAACUAGCACAGUGGGAAUAAAGGGUACUAUUGGCUAUGCUGCUCCAGAGUACGGAAUGGGUGCUAAGGCAUCAACACAAGGAGAUGUUUACAGCUAUGGGAUACUCAUGUUGGAGAUAUUUACGGGAAAGAGACCUACUAACAAAAUGUUCAAAGAUGGUUUCAACCUUCAUAACUUUGUUAAUAUAGCAUUGCCAGAAAAGCUUUUGCAAAUUGUGGACCCCAAUCUUCUCAAAAGAGAAAUACAUGAAUUAGCACUGGCGACAGAAGAAGUUGGGUACAACUACAAUGAUCACAAUGAUAUUGAGGCAUUAGAAGAAAGAGUCCAUAUUGAAAGCCUAAGCCAAGUGAAUUCCAAUGUGCAAAAAUGCCUACUUUCAGUUUUUCAAAUUGGCCUUGCUUGUUCAUUAAAAUCGCCCAAAGAAAGAAUGAAUAUGGGGGAUGUCACGAAGGAACUACAUCGAAUCAAAAAUACUUUUCUACAUGUUGGGAGCCAUGGAUGA